GAGUUAUAUAUAUUUGGAAGUUUGAAACAUUUUAAUAUAAUUAAAAUUAAUCAUGAUUAUGCUUCUAGCUGUAAGGCACUGUUAAUGUUGUACAGUAAAAGUAAAGGAGGUUUCCUGUUUGUGUUAGAGCAUUACAUGGUUAAUGGUUUGCAAUGAUCUUUUAAGCAAAACUAUAUCAAGAGAAAUUGCUUUUCAAAGUGAAGCAUGAAGUUAGAUAUACAGAACAGUGCUGUGAACUAUGCUGUGUCUGCUGCAGCAGCCACAGUGGCAGAAACUGUGACUUUCCCUCUAGAUCUUACCAAGACAAGACUUCAAAUACAAGGUGAGGUGGCUUCUCUUGCUGCUAACUCUGGCAACAACAGCACUGUAUUAGUGAAACAUGGUAUGGUGCGAGUUGCAUUUGGUGUUGUUAAAGAGGAGGGGUUGUUAAAACUGUGGCAAGGUUUGCCGCCUGCCGUCUACCGUCAUUUGAUCUACACAGGAUUUCGAAUGGGCACUUAUGAAAAGUUAAGAGAAAUUUUGGGAAGAAACCCAGAUGGAUCAUUUCCUGUGUAUAAGGCUGUUGUGGGUGGCUUGUUUGCAGGUUCCUUUGCACAAUUUGUUGCAAGUCCAAUGGAUCUUGUGAAAGUUCAAAUGCAAAUGGACGGAAGGAGACAAAUGGAAGGAAAGCCACGCAGAGUAAACGGUGUCGGUCACGCUUUAAAAAAUAUUAUUCGUACUAGUGGCGUCCGAGGUUUGUGGGCGGGUUGGGUGCCCAAUGUGCAGAGGGCAGCUUUGGUAAACAUGGGCGAUCUAGCAACAUAUGACAUAGUUAAACAUUCCAUUUUAAGAAAUACCUCUUUAGAAGAUAAUUGGGUUUGUCAUGGAUUAGCAAGUUUAUGCAGCGGUUUGGCUGCAGCAACUUUAAGCACUCCUGCAGAUGUGGUAAAGACAAGGAUUAUGAAUCAAGCUAGAGACAAAAAUGGUAAUGGAUUGUAUUAUAAAUCUUCAACAGAUUGUUUGAGAAAAACCAUCUCAAAAGAAGGUUUUUUUAGCCUUUAUAAAGGCUUCAUUCCUAUAUGGUCCAGAAUGGCCCCAUGGUCUUUGACAUUCUGGCUUACAUGUGAAGAAAUUCGAAAGCUUGCUGGGUUGUCAACCUUUUAAGGAAGUUAUUUCUAAUUUUAGACUGCAUGUAAAUUGAUUUUACUUUGUAAUGUGAAACUUUAUGCAAUACUUGUUAUACAGUUCCACCAUGUUUAUCAAAGCUUGACAUUGUAUUGAUAUAUGCAUUCACAUACAUUAUCUACUUCUUUGGGUGGUGAAACAUUUUUGUUGUUAUGUCACCUACUUCUGAUAUUACGAGUAUACUGAUUGUUUUAAUUUACCUUUCCAUUUUAACUGAACAAUUUUUUCGCCCUGCGCUGCAAUUUGUAUUUAAUUUUUACUCUUGAGAAGUGGGAUAAGAAAAGAACGUUUCAUCAAUUAAAUAGAAAAUUUGUUUUCUAUAUACUUGUGUGCGGAAAUUGUUCAAACCAUAAGUGAUAUAAACAUUAAUGUGUUUCUACUUGAAUGAAAUUUAAACUCAUGUUGACUGACAGUUAGUUUGGUGUAUAGUAUGAUUUACAAUUGUAUACAGGCCUUGUAGUUUGUUUUUUUAGGUGUAUGUUUACCCUGUUUUGCCCAAUAUUAUAGUUUUUUUUUUAAUUUAAAUAUUACUUGUGCUCUGUUUUUUUUCAUUUGACCUAAUUCCAGUAAUGUUACUGUUAGGUAAUGUUAUAAUGUGCAUGUUAUAUCUUAAACACGUCACAAAUGACUAUGUUGGCGAUAACAUAAGAUGUGUCACCACUGUGCGCUCCAAACGAUUAGCUAAAGGUGACAAUGCGCCUGAUGAGCAAAGCAAACAACCCGUGUUGUUGUUGUCUUAACACCACAGUCCAAAGGUCUAUCGCGGUGACGUAAUAUGGUUGUAUUUAGAUCAAACUCCAAACUCAUUAAGUUAAAGUGUACACUCUGCCAUUUUCUCAAAAGUAUAGUUUAUUUUUAGUGACAAAACCUAAUACCAACGUUCACUGCGUUUAGUGCGUUUAAUCGAUUAAAUGAAUUACAAAUUGCCAUUCCC